AAUAUUCCGUAUUUCUUGAUAAGCUAUUCACCAUUUAAUUCAAAAAAACCAAUUUUUAUUCGGAAAAUGACAUCAAAAGCUCUCACAAUUAACACUAUUCCAUUGGAGAUCGUCACGAAAAUUCUGAACAAACUGUCGCCAUUUGACAGACUAUCAACUCGAAAAGUCUCCAAAAGCCUCCGCGCCGCUGUCGACAACAUCGGGAUCCAUUUCGAGUACAUCUGCUUCAAAAUCUGCAGCACCAAACGGCUGACAAUUAGCUUAAACGGACUUGAUAUCCUAUACAAAGGCCUGAAUGAAGAUUGCCGGAUAACCUGCCGGAAUCAGAAGAAAUUGCUCCAAAACUCAAAUUUUGAAGAGGUUGCAUUCAAUGAUCUAUACAUCUUUCUAAAGCAUCCCAUGAACUUCUUAUGCCUGGAAGAUGACCCUUUCUACGAGGAGCAGCUACUUGGAGCAUUUCUAUUUAGAUACCUGCCAGGAAGCUUAAGAGUUAAGGAGUUGAAGCUGGUUCGUCUGUACUUCGAGGAGAUAGUUGAAAUUCUUCAAUACUUUGCUGCAAAUUUCCUGGAAAGAGUGAUCCUAAACCAUCCCACAGAAGGGGAUGGGAUUGAAGAUCUGUUCCAGUUGGAGCAAUUCCAGAAAUCUCGAGACUUUUACAUGGAAUCUUAUGCUUUUGACACUACGAAAACUUCGAUCAAUCAAUUUUUCCAUUUCAAGAGGUUUAAAAUUAAAGUUGACAAGCUUUUAAAGGAGGAUGCAAUCAAGUGUAGAGACGAUCUUCUAAAACGCGAUACUUUCAACUAUUGUGCAAUGAAUUUCGAUGAAAACUGCUCGGAUCCCGUUGAAUUCGCAAAAGUGUUCCAGCCCGAGUACUCUGGAGAGGACGUGUAUAAGCUCAGCUAUCAGAAUUUUAAAAUCACCUGUAAUUGUUACGGCAGGAGUGAGAGAUGGUGCAUUGAGAUCGAGAGAAUUGCAGUUUAAUACAUUUGUAUUGAUUUAUUAUCCGCGAAAUUGUCUGAAAAAUUUUUUUGAAAACUUUUCAAAAACAGUUACGACACCGACUUGUCAAGCGGAAACGAAAUUUUCUGAAAUCUCCGUCUAAUUUUGGGGAUACGAGCUGAUUUUCUUGUAUUUUAAACGCAUUAUAGGUACAUUUGAGGUCGAUGGUGACCAGAUUUGUUGAAAUUUGGUAACUUUUUUGGUGAAAUUUGGUAAUUUUUUAGUGAAAUUUGGUAACUUUUUUGGUAAAAUUUGGUAAUUUUUUGUAAAAUUUUGAAAUUUUUUGGUAAAAUUUGGUAACUUUUUUGUAAAAUGUGGUAAUUUUUUAGUGAAAUUUGGUAACUUUUUUGGUAAAAUUUGGUAAUCUUUUGUAAAAUUUUGAAUUUUUUUGGUAAAAUUUGGUAACUUUUUGGUAAAAUUUGGUAACCUUUUUCAAAUAACUGUUGGUCAAAUUUCAAAUUUCAGUUGAUUUUUGGUCAUUUUUUGAGUUUUAAAGAAAUUUCAUAAUGAAAUUCGAUGUUUACAGACAAUUUCAAGUCUAAGAAAGCAAUAAACACCACUUUUAAAUAUAAUUUGUUAUUAUGAAUGAAAAUUUUUUUACCAAGCUGUCAGUUUUUACAUGGAAUUGUGAUUUCUGUCCUUAUCCUUACAAUUUGCUUUGGAUCUAAUUUCUAUUUUCCAAUUUCUUAUUAAAAAUGUACCGUAAUAACCAAAUAUAUGUAACUGUUAAAAGUUUGUGAUUUUUGUGCAUUUUUUAAAAAUGAUUUUU